AUGGACAGACAAACCAUCAUCGAGACCAACAGGUCGCUGCGCACCAUCAAGAACGAACUCGAGAACCUCCUCGAAAAGGGCGUCAUUUCCGAAGAUGCCUAUGACAGCAUGCAUGCCACCCUCCCCGCCGAGACCCCCCUCCACGGCGCCGCAUCCCGCGCCGCUCCCGCCGCCGCCGCGACCCCCGUCCAGCACAACAACCCAACCUCCCCGCCGGCCCCGACCGCCGCCAUGGCCGCCCUGAACGUCAACCCUUCCGCCUCCCCGGCGCCACCCUCUUACAACCAGACCGGACCUCCCUCCCUCCCCGCCCGCACAAACGAGAAGCCCGUCCUGGCGCACGCCCGCGCGCUGUACCGCUACGCCGGCGCCGACGCCCGCGACGUGGCCUUUGAAAGGGACGACCGCAUCGCCAUCCACGAGUACAUGAACGCCGACUGGUGGAUGGGCCGGAACCUCCGCACCGGCCAGGAGGGCAUCUUCCCCAAGACGUACGUCCUCGUCGAGCAGGACAUGGCCAAGGGCGCCUUCGCUCCCGUCCCGGCUCCCGCUCAACCUCAGUAUGCCGCCCACCAGCCGCAGUGGGCGCCCCAGCCGCAGUACGCCCAGCCUCAGGGCCCGCCGCCCCAGCAGAACCCGUACAACGCCGACGCGCCGCCCCAGGCUGUCGCGGACCAGAGCACGGGGGGCAAGGAGGGUGGCGGCAAGGGAGCUGAGAUGGGCAAGAAGUUUGGAAAGAAGCUCGGUAACGCUGCUAUCUUUGGUGCUGGUGCCACUAUCGGUUCCAAUAUUGUCAACAGCAUCUUCUAA